GGGUCGGCGCAGCCCCGCCGCCGGCCGGGGCGGGCAGAGCCGGCGCGGCGCGCAGGGGAGAGGCGGCCCGAUGGGGCAGCCGGCCGGCAGCCUGGCCCCGCUCCGGCUGCUGCUGCUCCUGGCGCUGGGGCACGCCUGGACCUACCGGGAGGAGCCACAGGACGGCGACAGGGAGGUUUGCUCCGAGAACAAAAUCGCCACCACCCGGUACCCUUGCCUAAAGCCCACGGGCGAGCUCACCACCUGCUUCAGGAAAAAAUGCUGUAAGGGUUAUAAGUUUGUUCUUGGACAGUGCAUCCCUGAAGACUAUGAUGUCUGUGCGGAAGCUCCGUGUGAACAGCAGUGCACAGACAACUUUGGGCGAGUCUUAUGCACCUGCUACCCCGGGUACCGCUAUGACCGGGAGAGGCACAGGAACAGGGAGAAGCCUUAUUGCCUGGAUAUUGAUGAGUGUGCCACAAGCAAUGGGACACUGUGCUCUCAGAUCUGUGUCAACACCAUGGGCAGCUACAGGUGUGAGUGUCACGAAGGCUACACCCGGGAGGAGGACGGCAAGACAUGCACCAAGGGAGACAAAGCUGGGCUUCCUGAGAAAUCUGAAAAUGCGGCAAAACCGGGGACAUGCUGCGCCUCUUGUAAGGAAUUUAAUCAAAUAAAGCAGACGGUUUUACAACUGAAGCAAAAGGUUGCUUUGCUACCAAAUAAUGCUGCUGAUCUUAGCAAGCAAAUCACUGGUGAAAAAGUGCUUGCAUCAAAUGCAUAUAUCCCUGGCCCCCCAGGUCAGCCUGGCCAACAAGGUCCUCCAGGGGCUCCAGGACCAAAAGGGAGUCAAGGAGUUCCUGGGUCACCUGGACCUCCCGGACAGCCAGGCCCUCGUGGAUCAAUGGGACCUAUGGGCCCAUCUCCAGACAUAUCACAUAUUAAGCAGGGCAGAAGGGGCCCCGUGGGCCCACCAGGAGCCCCAGGGAGAGAUGGUAGCAAGGGGGAGCGAGGUGCACCAGGACCAAAGGGGAUACCUGGCCCACCAGGCUCAUUUGAUUUCCUGUUACUGAUGAUGGCAGACAUCAGAAAUGACAUCGCUGAGCUGCAAGAGAGAGUGUUUGGACACAGGACUCAUUCAUCAACAGAGGAAUUUCCAUUACCUCAGGAAUUUACAAACUAUCAUGAUACAGUAGAUUUUGGAUCUGGAGAAGAAUACAAACCACGGGCAGCACCCAGAGACUCCAGGAUACAGAAGGCAGCCCAUCCUUAGCUAUGCCUACUGAAAAAUAGAGCCCCUUUAGAGUUCUUCAAUAUAAAAAUGCACUGACAAUGUAAAAUACGUUUUUUCCCCCGUUUUCUCUCUGCUUUUCCCCAAUCAUGCUGCCUGUACUGUAGCUUUCCUUGUUCAUGGUAGCCUCCUUGCAGCAAUUCCAUACUGUCAAGCCUGCACUGUGCAUUGUACCCAGACUAUCAAGAAAACCUUUUUAGUAUGUAAUACAAUUAAGGCAUGCUCUAGCUAAUGGCACAGACCACAGCAUUUCAUCUGCCUACCUUGCAUUCUAUGUCCAGUACCCAAAUUUUGCCAGGGGUAGAGGCAUGGUUGAACAUCAUCCCCGAAUGACAUCAACAGUGAAAACAUUGGUCCACAGUUACUUCAUACAUGUAAAUGUAUUACACCACUGAACUCAAGUCUCCGGCUACUGUCCCCAGGCUUAGGACAGUGUGAAAAGUGGAUCCCUCUUUCACAGCAGGGGCCAGCUGUAAGUGAAACAUCUUCUAUUAUGUCCCACCAUGGCAGAAAAAAAGAAAAAAAAAUACAGCCAAGCAGUGAUACAAG